AUGCUCCAGUCCUUGCCGUGCUUCUUUUCAUUCCCUUUUUCUAAUAAAAAUUGGCAAAAAAAAAAUAAAACAAGAGUAAAGUUUUUUUUUUUUUGUGUACUCUAAGAGAAAAAUAGAAAAAUACUAAAUAUUAUGCAAUACAUCCCCGACAACGGCGCCAAAAUUUUGACGUGACUCAGUCGUUGUAUGUUAAAUCACGCAAAUAUAAAAUUUAUAAAACUAGAAAAUACGAAUUUUCAGAUAUUUAGAAGUAUUUCUAAAUAAAUAUAUCAAUUAUAAUUCAAUAAAAAUUCCAAAAAUAGCGGUAAUUUUCCAGGUCGAUCACAGGGAUGUAAUAUAAUAUCUGGUAAUUAUUCAGAAUUUUUCUCAAUGAGUACGAUUUUCUUACGAAUUUUAUACUAGGAAAUAAAAAGGAAAUAUAUUUAAAAUUCACGAAAAAAAGGAAAUAAGGGUGCGGACGUCAGAAUGACGUCAGCGCCCGGCGAACGCGAAUCAGGCGGAAAUAGAGUUCCGCCCGGCGAUUCUUACGUAGGCGAUUACAGACGACUCAAUUAAUCAAAUUAAGAUCUGUAAAAACUGGAAGAAUCAUAAUUGAACGAAGUAUAGUUUGGUAAAUUAAAAUCAACAAAGUAUCACUAAAUGAAGCGUAAAUUAAAUUGAAAGUAGGAAAACAGAGUUCUGGCGUCGCGACGGCGAUGCGUCGGCGAUGCACCAAAACCCUGAGCGUUCGGGAGGAUCGUCGUGCAGUGUCCACGGCCUCGAAGGCUCUCCUUGGACAAAGACGACGUGGGCAAUCUCUAGAUCUUCUCGCGAAGUCUAGAGAUCAAUGAAGUGGGUCGUCGAAUCGUCUCCAGCGGCUGUCACCCGGCGAAGCAGAAAAACGGCGACUUUGCGGCUCUCCAGCGGCUGUCACCCGACGGAGAAGAGCUACAUGGAGGUGGGGCGCGUGUUAGGGAGCUUCAUCCUCAGGUCCGCGCAACAAGAGGAGGCUCUUCAUCACAUCUGGUACGCUCUCAAGAGGUGGCGACUGGUCUCCCGGCGGAUCGUCCUCUUCCCGACGACAGCUUGUUCGUCGAUCAAUCGGAGAUGAUUUACUCGAUGGAUUCGCGAUCCUUUUAUCGUGAAUCGUUCAGCAAUUUUAGUAGCAAUGCUCCGCGAAUCGCGUUGACGAGAUUUUCGCCGAUGAUCCAGCGAUUCUCGUUGCUUAAUCCUUCACCGGUGAUCUGCAGGAAAGUCGCGAUAAUCAGAUAAAAAUAUAUGAAUUUUGACUCUGGGAGGAUUCAAACCCACGCCGAUCGCCCCGCCUCUUCUGAGGAAGGUGUGGGUUUAGUCCCACAUCGGUUGUACGCCGAGUUUUCGGGCGAAUAUAUAGUAAUGUUAGCUUUGUGAGCAAAGUCCCUUCUCUCGCAUGUACGACCACUCCUUGCCCCACAGCCGGCUGGCCACCGGUGAUAUGGAAGGGGAGUGGCGAACGCGUGCCUGUCGGUCCCCAAGCCAAGCCGCUCGAGCCCCUGCUCGCGGCUUACUCCCUGACUGUGCUUCCGACUCGCUUGCGGGCACGGUUGGCCGGCGGGUCCCCCCAUUUUGCAAUAUUUUUAUUUUUAUUUCUUGUUCUUCAUUUAUCUCAAAAGUAAGACUGUAAAAAUCGUAUAAAAUCACAUAAUUACCCAAAAAUUCACGUUAAUCAAUUGAAAACUAAAAAUCAUUCUUUAACACAAAUAUAAGUCUAUUUAUCAUGAGUUAAGGCUAAAACUAUAUUAUUUACUAAUUAUUAACUCAUGAUAAUGAAGACUUAUCACUCCACGUCCAUACCUCACUUGAUGUAGGUGGCUCAAUAAGAGCUAAUCGAAAAAUAUAGUCAUUGAACAUCUCCAUGUUACGAGCCCUAAAGAUCCGCCCACCUUGACAUUCACUAGUAUUACAAACACAGUUGAAGUCACCUGCUAGGUACCAAAGAGACUCAACUAGUGUAGGAUAAUCCUUCACGUACUGAACUAGAUCCGCCCAAAGAGUUUUCCUUUCUUCGGAUCUAUGUGAUGCAUAAAUGAUUGAGAAGGUGAACUCUUAGGUGGGAUCUCGAACCAUCAUAGUGAUAUGUUGGGAUCCCUCGACUAGCAACUCCAUAGAAUAUGUGAGGUCGGUGUAGGACGACGACUAGACAUAAUCUUUCCUACCUCAAUAAUAAAAUCAUCAUGUGAGAGAAGUGGUAAGUGAAGAGAAGUAGACCCCGACAGUGAUGAAGUAUUUUUUUGUCAACAUGUGUGAAUAGUGUGUUCAAAAAUCAUGCAAUGUGUGCAAAAAUGAGGUAAUCUCUCAUAUACAAUAUUUUGGUAGAUUUUCUCAUCCCCAUUCUGCACAAUAAUCAUGUGCUGAAGGGGGGCUAAGAGGUCUAACUCUGCACAUAUGCAGACAUAUCCUAGAUGAUUGAAUAUUUUAACACUUGGAUCUAGGCGUAUAAAUGUUCUGACUGCAUUGGCCAAAGACUCAAGUGCCUUGGGCGUGAAUAGAUGUACUGAUAAGCUCAAAAAACCUAUCCAAACUGGAGUAGAGUGAGGUUGUUUCCCUCGAGAGGUGCCGUCAAGAUAUGGGGUACAUCUAUGAGUGUACAUAAUUUAGUACUCGAGAGGUGCCGUUGAUCUCAAGAUCAACGGUCAGACGAUGAAGAGUCGAUUCCGAGGAAAAGCCGCCACCUGACGCCUUUUCUCCGGAAGCUGACGAGUCCGCGUCAGCCUCCGCUGGGGGGACGCCAUGGGUACGAGGAACGGCAUCAGUAGAAUGCGGCGCCUUUAUCUCGGCUCCCUAUUGUCCGUUGAUCGCAAGAUUAACGGUUAGAUCAAGGACCGAAGCUGACGAGUCCACGUCAACUGACACCGCCCCCACAUCGCCGGCCUUUUCCUCUCGUCGAUCCUCACCGUUAAUCUCACGAUCAACGGUGAGGUCAGGGGAGACGGCGCCACGUGCCUUUCCCGCAGAGCGAGGGAAUGGCGCCAAGCACCAUUCCCUCGUUUGCGGAAACCGAGGGGACUCGGCCAACGGCGAAUCACUGCCUUUCUUAAGGCGGCCGUUCCGCCCUUUGACUGCCCCAAUGUCCGGGCCAUCAAUAGGUUCCUCGGAUGGCGUUUUAUCACGGCGGACGAGUCGCCCCACGUGGCGGUUUCCUAUUCGGUCGCAUGCUUCCCUCAUUUUUUUCAUCCGGCGGACAUGAGUCCGCCGAUGAAAUCUCUGAUUUACUCAUCAAGUAAGCAUCAAAUGAAGAUGAUGAAGAAGAGAAAAAUAUAGAGCACAGAAAUACGAUUCAAAUGAUUUAAAAAUAUUAAACUUGGUCCAAGUAACGAGAGAGAUAUUACCUUUAGAACGAAAAGUUCGGAAAAAUACCUCUCAAUGAAGAAAUCCCGACAACAAAGGCUUCAAUCCACUAUUUUCGACGCUUAAAGCUUGAAGUUGAUAGAUUUUGGCCUUCCGAAUCUAAUGGAACUGAUUUCAGCGCGAUCGGAAGUCACACGAAAAAGAUAUCGCCAUUUCAGAUGGAGGUCAGUUGAAGGUGAAGAGAGAGAAGCUCCCGCGAGGAGAGAGAAAAAAGUUGAGCAAAUGGUGCGGGGUAAUUUUAACACUUAGUAUGGGCUCAUCUAGAAAUUCUUCUAAAAUAAGAUUUUUAUCUCCUUGGUGUAACCUAGAUAGAUGGUUAGCCACUACAUUUUUAACCCCUAGCCUAUCUCUAAUUUCAAUAUCAAAUUCUUGCAACAAAAGAAUCCAUCUAAUUAGUCUAGAUUUUGCUUUUUUUUUGCUUCAAUAAAAACUUUAAAGUAUAAUGAGCAAAAAAAACUAUAAUCCUAUUGCAAAGUAAAUAAGACUUAAACUUAUCUAAAGUAAAAACUAUUACAAGUAAUUCCUUUUCAGUGGUUGUAUAAUUCACUUGAGCCCCUCCUAAGGUUUUGCUUGCAUACUAGAUGACCAUAGACUUCUUGUCAACCCUUUGUCCAAGUCCAACUCCCACAGCAUAGUCAGAUGCAUCACACAUCAACUCAAAGGGUGGAUCCCACCUUGGUGCUUGAAGGAUGGGUGCUUCUACCAAGGCUGACUUGAUAUAUUCAAAUGCUGCCUUUCUCACAUCAUUAAUAAUAAACCCCACAUCCUUGGACAAAAGGUUAGUCAACAGUUUUGAAAUUCAUGCAAAAAUUUUAAUGAACCGUCUAUAGAAGUCUGCAUGGCUGAGAAACCCUCUAAGUUCCUUGAGGGUUACGGGUAGAGGUAGACCUUGGAUUAUCUCUAUCUUGGUCUUGUCAACCUCUAGCCCAAGACUGCUCCCCAUAUGAUAAUAUGCUCCACACAAAUGAACAUGAUGAUGAAGAUGACCAUAUGUUCUUCUCUCUCUAACUCUUUUCGAGCUAUUUUCAUUACCCACUAUUUCCUUGUUAUUUUCCAUGACUUGAUCUUACUUGGGAUGUUUCCAUUGUCCAAUCAUCUCCUUCUCUAUCUACCCCAUGACUUCCUUCUCCAUGGUUUAUUUCUCUUUUAGUUAAUCCCUUUCCUCAAAGUGUUAAUUCUCCUUCCCCUCAUUUCAUUCAUUUUCUUUCUUUUCUUGUUUAGUAAGUCACAUCUUCUCUUCCUUUAUACCAAUAGGACCACAUUUCAUGCCUAAGUUUCUUACAUAUAUACAUAUAGGGAUCUAUUCUUCAUUACAAUUCUCUACUUAAUUAUUGCUUGAUUUUCAUUCUUUGUUAUUAUAUAUUCUAGGAUAAGCCUUGGAUAUAUCUACCUCAAUACAAGCUCUAGUAUAACGAAAAUGAGUGAAUUGUAUAACAUCUUUAUUGAUACAAAUAAAAGUCUCCAACAUAGAUACUAUGGCUUUAAAGCUUGAUGGGUUAAAGAAGUGGCUCUCAUACUCGAGAAGCAUAUCCAUCUUGGGUCAAAGGGAGAGUCCACCCUAAGGGAAGAGAAAGGGGACCACCAAAAUAGAUUCAUUAUCUCCCCUUUAAUACUUCAUAAUAAUUUACUCCACACAAUUUGAAAGUUAGAACUCAUUUCAAAUCACAUUAUCACAAGCUUGAAGUUAAUUCUUCCCCCAUACACAUUCCUUAUUAACUUUCCUACUUUCUUAUUUUCUUAAUUUCACCCUUGAUCUCAAUGAGGUUCAACUUGUUCUUAGUGAAUUUGCCUAUGAUUGCUUCACAAAAAGGGAAUGUUAACUACUCUACUUCCUCAUAAAAUUCAAUCGUUGGUGCUCCUUCUUACACAUAAUGGUUCUUUUAUAAGAUUAUGUUGACAUAUUUAAGUAUGAGAUGCUCAUUUCUAGUAAUUGUAGCAUAUGUCAAUUUAGGAGGUGGUCUUUUGAAGUUUAUUGUUCUAACUAUUGUUGUUUUAUUUGUAGGUUGUGUUCCCUAUCCCUUUGUCUAAGGGGGUUCACUCCUCUCUCUAUGGCUUCCUUCUAACUCCUCUAAUAAAGUAUCUUCUUCAUGUGUAUUAAGUAAACUACUCCCACGAUUAAUAGUAUCAUUCAAUAAAAUUGAAGAUAAGGCUUAGAACUGUGGAGGUAAUUGAGUUUGAUUGUAUUUUCUCUUUAAUCAUCAAAUUUUAUCUCAUUCUUUAUUUUCCUUUAUUGUUUUAAUCAUUGGUUCUUUAUCUCAUUCUUACUCUAUUGAUUUAUCAAUCAAAGUUAGGCUUUGAAUUGGGGCCGAUGUAUCUUUCUCUUCACUUACCACCUUUGCUUAUUCUUUGUUUGAAUUAUUCUUGUGUUGGGUUUCGACACUUGUUGGCAUUACCUCGUUUGCCCUAUAUAAGAGAUUAAAUAAUCAUACCAAUAAGGGUUCUUUCUCUAUGACUCCUUGUCAACGAAUUUUUUCCCAUUUAUCUUGGCUUUACCAUAUGUUUGUUCUUCCUCAUUUUGUGCUUCAUCUUCUAGUGUUCUUGUGUCCACUUGUCCAUCCUCUAUUUUCUCUAUAUUUAUUGUCCUUUUUUUUUCUUACUCUUGUUCUUGCCUUUCUAACUCUUUAUGUGUUUCACCAACUUCUUCAAUUUUCAAUUUCCCUCUACUUGCAUUGUCAUAGAAGUACUUAUCCUCAUCUACCUAGAAGGUGACUUCACCAACAUCCUUAUGUCUACCUCUGAUGAUUAGGUUAUGACCUUCUCUUAUGGUGGGUCUUUUGGCUUUUGUGAUGUUAGAUUUAAUCACUCACACAUCUUUGUUCCUUGACUAGCAUUGAUUGAGACUAUUUCUUACCCAUUUGGUUUUGUAAUUUUUGGGACCACCUUUGCCCCCUAUGUUCCUUUAUCUUAUUGGUAGCUAUUCAACACAAACACAACUCUAAGUAGGUCACCUUCAUUUGCACCAAGGGACCACUUUCCCUGAUGCCCUAGUAGAGACCACCUCUUAUUGUCUUUGAUUUCCAAAGACUUUCUCACACUAUUUUAUUUUGGUAGUGCAAUAGAUAAGAUAAAAUAUUAGCUCCAUAUCCUUAACCAAUAAUAGUCACAAUACAAUACCUUAGACAUUUGCUCUUGAUGUGAUUUAGUCGUUGUAUAGUAAAUCACGCAAAGUUAAAAUUUAUAAAACUAGAAAAUAUGAAUUUUUGGAUAUUUAAAAAUAUUUAUAAACAAAUAUAUUAAUUAUAAUUCAAUAAAACUUCCAAAAAUAGCAGUAAUUUUCUAAGUCGAUCACAAGAAUGUAAUAUAAUAUUUGGUAAUUAUUUAGAAUUUUUUUCAAAGAAUAUUAGUUUUUAUAAAUUUUAUACUAGGAAAUAAAAAGAAAAUAUAUUUAAAAUUCACGAAAAAGGGAAUUAAGGGUGUAGACAUCAAGAUGACAUCAAUGCUCGGCAAAUGUGAAUCAGAUGAAAAUAGAGUUUCAUCUGGUGAUUCUUAUGUAAGUGAUUGCAAAUGAUUUAAUUGAUCAAAUUAAGAUCUCUAAAAACCAAAAGAAUCGUAAUUGGAUGAAGUAUAUGUUGGUAAAUUUAAAUCACAUAAAUUAUCACUAAAUGAAGUAGAAAGUAAGUUGAGAGUAAGAAAAUAGAGUUCUGGCGUCACGGCGGUGAUGCGUCAAUGAUGCACUAAAAUCCUGAGCAUUCAAGAGAAUCAUCGUGUAGUGUCUAUAGCCUCGAAGGCUCUACUUGGACAAAGAUGAUGUUGGUAAUCUCUAGAUCUCCUUGAGAUAUCUACAAAUCAAUGAAAUAUUAAAUUUGACGUGACUCAGUCAUCGUAUAUUAAAUCAUGCAAAUAUAAAAUUUAUAAAACUAGAAAAUACGAAUUUUCAGAUAUUUAGAAGUAUUUCUAAAUAAAUAUAUCAAUUAUAAUUCAAUAAAAAUUCCAAAAAUAGUGGUAAUUUUCCAGGUCAAUUUUAGGGAUGUAAUAUAAUAUCUGGUAAUUAUUCAGAAUUUUUCUCAAUGAAUACAAUGUUCUAUGAAUUUUACACUAGGAAAUAAAAAGAAAAUAUAUUUAAAAUUCACGAAAAAGGGAAAUAAGGGCGCGAACAUCAGGAUGAUGUCAGCACCCGGCGAGUGCGAAUCGGGCAAAGACAGUUCUGCCUGGCGAUUCUUACAUAAGUGAUUAUAGACGAUUUAAUCGAUCAAAUUAAGAUUUCUAAAAGCUAAAAGAAUCGUAAUAGAACAAAGUAUAUUUUGGUAAAUGAAAAACACAAAAAUUAUCACUAAAUAAAGUGUAAAGCAGGAAAAUAGAGUCCUGGCGUCGCGACAGUGAUGCGUCGGCGAUGCAUCGGAAUCCUAAGCAUUUGGGAGGAUCGUUGUGUAGUGUCCAUAGCCUUGAAGGCUCUCCUUCGACAAAGAUGACAUGGGCAAUCUCUAGAUCUUCUCACAAAGUCUAGAGAUCAAUGAAGUGGGUCGUCAAAUCGUCUCUGGUGGCUGUCACCCAGAGGAGCAGAAAAAUGGCAACUUUGUAG